CCUACGAGCUCGACGCCCCCGUGCCCCUCAUGUAGGCACCACGUUCCCACUGGCCAUCAACAUCCCUUUGUCCUUCAGGUCCCACACCCAGCAUCCCAACGUCCCGUUGUUCCAACCAGGAUGGCCGCAGGGGACCGAGGUGGCACCGUCCUCGCGCUGGCCACGGAGCCGCGCUUUGCCCAGCGGCUGAGGCGGUAUUUGGAAGAGGAGCAGAUUCUGGAUGUGCGAUACCGGCUGCAGAAGGUGCCGGGGGGCAGCGUGGCCCUGCCGGUGCUGGAGGGGAAGCUGGUGGAGCAGCGGCUGCAGGAGCUGCAGGAGAGCGGGCCCAGGGAGCUGCCCUGCAGGCUGCUCCGGAUCCAGAGUCCCAUCCCCUCCAAGGCGGCCAGCGUGCGGACACCUGCCCAAAAGCUGUGCAGUGAGCUGCAGAGGAUGGUGCUGGGCUUGGGAGAGAGCUGGUCAGAGGAGCUGGAGCGCGACGUGCCCCACUCAUGGCAGCGGCACGGAGACCUGGUCUUGCUGAGUGAGGACAGCUUCAGCGCUGCGCUGUGGACAAAGCUGGGCUCAGCGCUCUGGGAGACGGUUGCCUCAGCUCUGGGUGCCCAGCGCCUGGCCAGGCGAGGACGGGUGCUGCCAGGCGGGAUGCGGUUCCCUAGUGUCACCCUGCUGCUGGGCCAGGACGGCUGGGUGGAGCAUGUGGACAAUGGCAUCAGGUAUACAUUUGAUGUGACCAAGUGCAUGUUCUCCCCGGGCAAUAUCACGGAGAAGCUGCGGGUGGCCUCGCUGCCAUGUGCCGGGGAGGUCCUGGUGGAUCUCUAUGCAGGGAUUGGCUAUUUCACACUGCCCUACCUGGUUCACGCGGCGGCUGCCUUCGCCCAUGCCUGCGAGUGGAACCACCAUGCCGUGGAGGCCCUGCGGAGGAACCUGGCACUGAACGGCGUGCAGGACCGCUGCCACAUCCACCACGGGGACAACAGGCAGCUGCAGCUGCAGGACGUAGCUGACCGGGUGAACCUGGGGCUGAUCCCCAGUUCUGAGGAGGGCUGGCCUGUGGCCUGCCGUGUCCUGAAGAAGGGCACAGGAGGGGUUCUCCACAUCCACCACAAUGUGGAGGCUCUCCCUGCACCGUCCUGCCUGCAGCCUGCAGUUCCAAUGAAUGAGCAGAGACCUCCAGAGGACAGCAGCUCUGGAGAGCAGGAGGAUGGACAGCGGGAACUGCAGAGCCCCGAGGAGAUGGAAGGCGGUGGGAAGGAGAUGCUGGCAGCCAGGGUCAGGCCAGUGUGGCAGCGGUGGGCUGAGGCCACUGCGGCACGGAUACGGGGGCUGCUGGAAGAGCUGCACGGGCAGCCAUGGCAGACCAGCAUCCUGCACAUUGAGGCAGUGAAAUCCUACGCACCACAUGUGCAUCACAUUGUGCUGGACCUCGAGUGCCGUCCAACACUGCCUGCCUAGCUGGCUGUGGGGCCUUGGUGUGGCUCAAGGUCAUAAGAAAAAGGGGUGGCAGUUUUGGUGGCAAGGAGAUGUGACAGCUGUCUCCCGAGUGCCAGCUCAGGACAAG